AUGCUCCCCCACGGCAUCCCCUUCAACAUCUUCGUCGCCGUCUGCGUCCUCUUUUCACUCUGCCAAGGCUGGACCUGGUGCUCGACACCGCCCCCCGCCCUCGUGAUUGAGAUCAAGAAGCCCGCUUCAACACAGACUGUCACCAAAUCAAGCGAAACCGUCACGCGAAUCUGCCGCGCCUACGCCGUAAUCCUCUUCGCAGUGCCCACGAACCGCCCGCCCUCGCUGUACGAAUACCUCCACAUCGCCGCCGCCUGCGCCCCGACCCCGGCGCGCUCCAAGUCUUCCUCCGCCCGGCGCUGCUCCACGCACCAGAUUUAUCUGGCUGUCGAGGGCACGUUGAUUGAGUACUUUCCUCACGGGGGUUUCUUCUCCAACUCCAACUCCAACUCCAACUCCAAUCCCGAUAACAACAAUCGCGAUACGAACGAGAACAACAUAAUCCAUAACAACAACGCCGUCGUGACUGCGCUUGUCACGGCCAUCCUCUUUGACGAGGACACGCGCACCGUGUACGACCACCUCUUCGAGCCUUCACUCUCUGGCGGCGCGAGCGAUCGGAUUGCGUUUCUCCAGGAGAAGUGCGGCGAGGCGUGGCGGUAG